AGAAAGAACUUUUCCAGUCAAAAAGUAAAUUUAUUAAUGAGAUUCAACUAUAGGCAAGCUACUACAACAAAACCAAUAGCAGCUAUGGGCAGCAUACAUAAUAUAAGAGUAGUUCGUUUCCUGCUCGUGGUGAGCAUAGUCGUCCUAACCAUUUUCAUUUACGCCUCAUAUUCAUCAAAUGCAACACUAACACCACCGUCACCACACGCUUUGCAUGCUGCCUCCAUUACUGAACAUGCCGGCGGCGCAAAUGUGCAUUUACAACAACUAGCGGCAGCUAACCUGAGUAAAUUUAACGAUGCUGCACUCUCAUUUGGCAAUGGCAUUGAUAACAGUGGUUUUGCAGCAGCGAGUAACCAUUUAGAAACGCCACAAGGUGGCUCAACACUUCUGAAAAUGAAUAAAAAGGCAGCUGUUAUGACUGGAACAGCUAUAGGCACUGGCGCAGCCAAAGCGCCUGCGGCAAACACAGCAAAGAAGCAGCAUCAGCAUCGAGAACCAACAAUCGAUGUGGACGCUGUAAAUGAUGAGGCGCCGGAUGAUGAUGAAAUGGAGCGUUUCGGCAACGAAUUGCUUGAAGAUGCAGAAGUGCAAAAUAUUGACAAUGCUUUGGUCGCCGGCAGUAUAAACUACCCGAACGUUACUGGCACCAAUAACGUUGGUGCUGCGCAAGAACAAUCAAAGGCCCAGCCGCAAGCUCAGCUAGACAAACAAAAAGAAACUAACGAAAAGCCCAGUGACACAGGUAGCAAUCUAAACAAAAUACUGGAUUCGGAUGUCAUGAUACCAACGUCGAAUUUGCAAAAGUUUAUCGAAAAUGCAGACAAGAUAUUGAAGAACAUCACAGCAGCACCAACGGCGAAUGAGAAAUUGUCCACUAAAGAUUCAAAGGGCAGCGAGAAGCUACCUGAAAAAAGUGCGAAUAUUAAGACACCCAAAGGAGAAGACAAAGAUGACGAUAACGAUGAAGCGGCCGAUGACGGUGCAUUGCCUCCAUCCGUAGUGAUGACAAUUAAGCGACCUGGUAGUGGCAGCGCUGUUCAGCAAAACACUGUUGAAAAUCAAGCUUCAUCCAAAGUAGAGACUAAACAAACCAUAAGUAAAGUGAAAGCGUUACCAAAAGUGAGUUCUAACAAAAACCAUCCGGUGCCACGCAACAAUUCCGACCAUACAAAAGGUAUACCAACGAGCGAAAUCUACGAGCCGGGCCACUUAAAUGAGGAAAUUAAUUUCGCAAAGAUUUGUCCAAAUCAAGGUGAAGAUAUAAAGUUACUGAUACUUAUUUCGUCAGCGCUAAACCACGCCGAGGCACGUCUUGCCAUACGACAAACUUGGGCGCACUAUGGCACACGUCGUGAUGUAUCAAUAGCAUUCGUCUUGGGACGCACCACAAAUGAGACUGUAAGCAAGGAACUGAGUAUAGAGAAUUUCAUUUAUGGUGAUAUGAUACGUGGCAAUUUCAUCGAUUCGUAUACCAAUUUGACGCUGAAAACUAUUUCCACAUUAGAGUGGGUCGAUCUACAUUGUCAGCAGGCGAAAUUCAUAUUGAAAACGGACGAUGAUAUGUUUAUCAAUGUGCCAAAGCUGCUGCAAUUCAUAGAUAACCAUGCCAAAGAGAAGCGUGUCAUAUACGGGCGCUUGGCAAAACAAUGGAAACCCAUACGCAAUAAAAAAUCGAAAUACUACGUAUCGACUGAUCAGUUCAGUCAGCCACUGUUUCCACCAUUCACCACCGGUCCAGCGUAUCUCAUAACAAGCGAUGUCAUACAUUCACUAUAUAACCGCUGUCUCCAACAGGUAUAUCUGAAGCUGGAGGACGUGUUCACAACGGGAAUCGUUGCGCAACAGCUUGGUAUCAAGCGCGUACACGCCAAUGAGUUCCUCAAUCGACGUAUUGCAUUCAAUCCGUGCAAUAUACGCAAAUUAAUCAGUGUACAUAUGGUCAAGUCAAAUGAACAGUUUGAUCUUUGGAAGAAACUGCUGGAUAAGAGUACCAAGUGUAAAUAGUAUUUUAGGUUUAUACAUUAGAAUCGUAAAACAUUGAAUUGUAGUUGUAAUAGUAUUAAAUUAAGUAUACAAAUAUGAGAAGGCCCAAGAAUAUUUUUAUUUAAAAAUUGGAUAUUUUUAUGGAAACAAUAUUUUAGUUUGUAUAUGGAAGUAUACAAUAUACCUAUAUAAUAUAGUAAUUGUGUAACAUGAGAAACAUACUUUAGUGUUUACCACUGCAAACAUGAUACUUAUAUUUAAAUACUUACAAAUAAAUAUAUACAUGUAUUUAUUUUGUAGACUAAACAUACCUACACGUAAAUGCAUUAUAAAUGCCAUUACAAUAUUUAUAAACACUAGUAUAUGUACGUAUGUAUUCAAUGUGGUAAUCACCCUGCAGGGAGAACCUGAACUAGUGAAUGAAAUUUCUGGUUCAAAACCAGUAGGAUUUCGCCAUUUCGCUACUCGUGUUGCGAGUAGCCACCUCUGCUCGCAGAGUUUAACGGUGUCAAAGCAAAAAAAAAAAACAAUCACCCGUCUCACACCUGACUGCCGCAGUUAAUCAACUACGGUUUCUGAUGCAGACGAUUGUUAGUUAACGUCGGGCUGGAAGAUAAGGUGGUGUUUUCGAAUACAAAGGAAGUAAGUUAUUGUGUUACAUUGGACUUUUUAAUAAAAUGUAAAUUAUUAAAUUAAUAAAUAAUAAACGAAGCACAAUAACUAAAAAAAAUAGACUGCAGUUUUUCUGAUCUCUCACAAA